UAAUCGUCCUUGUAGCGUAACAUAAGUGUUAUUUAAUUAUUGUUUUUUUCGUGGUUCGGCCGCAUAAGGCACUCGCGAAUAAAUAUGAACCAGGAUUUCACUGUCAUACGGAUAGAUGCCAUCUUGAGUCAAGAGUUUUAGGGCGAUACAUUUGAGUAACCAUUUGUGCAAGCUUUACCCACACAAUGUUUGCCAGUUACAACGAAACGCAUGCGUUAACUAUUCGCAGUGCUCGUGCCAUUUACCACUCACAACGAGCCGGCAACAUCAGCUGUUAGUGAAAUUGUUUUGGAAAAUUCGUACAACAUGGAAAAAGAGCAGCCAACAACAAGCGCUAAUGCAGCUCAAGCAAAGGAUCAGGAUCACAACCCCUUACUCGACUCACCAAUGCGGGGGCCAACAUUGUCAACUUCAACAUCCAGUUUCGAGGCGCUAGCACACGCUCAUGAUCCGAAUCUCAGCAAACUGGCCACGAAGAUGUUCCAAAAAACCGAAGAAUAUAUAACACACGAGCUUAAUGCGCCGCUAGAGGACUAUAAAUUGCUCGAGGAAAUGAACAAGGCAACCAUAGCCAAGUAUAAAGACAUGCGUCAAAUUGCCGAAAACCUUAACGUAUCCACCAACGAACUGUGCGGCAAAUUUCAACAGUUGGCACCGCUCAUGCAGCAAAUCGAUGAAAUAUCGGACACAGUGGACAAGUUGGAGGCGGCUGCUUACAAGUUGGAUGCAUAUAGCAUAGCGUUGGAGAAUCGGGUUAAGUGUGUGCUGCAGCGCAAAUCGAGUCAGCACGCAGGGCAAUGAUCAUGACUUUUCCGAAAAGCAUUACUAGUACAUUUAUUACAAUAGAAUUUAAGUUUUACCCAAGUAACAGUUUAAAUAUAAUCGCUAUUACAUUAAGAAA